CAAAACGUCAAUUUUUAGUACAUUCAUCAAAGCAGGCAGACAGGAAAAAGUGAAAUCACGCACUCGGCUUCAUUUUUCACAAUUUUCAGCGUUAAUUUCUGCAGUUUUUUGUGCUUCAAAUUAGUUCCAUCUUUCCAAAAGUAGUGAAAAGGGUACCCGUGAUCGGUAUAGCAUAAAAUCGCUACGAAUCAGUUUCAUUAAACAGUGAAAUAAGCGGUGAAAAUCUUGGGUGCACAAAAUGGUUGCCACUAAAAUGGUACCAACAAACAAGCGUCGAGGUGGAUUCAACAACGGCAUGCCCGGCCGGCCACGGUUCAAACCCGGUGGACCGAAGGCCAUGAAUGCCCGCAACAUGGGAGCAAUGUUCAACGCGAAUCAGCUUGGGGACAAUCCCGGUUUCGUGGAUUUCAACGAUGACGUUCAAAUUCCUUCGACGAGCGCAACUCCGGCCAAUACGACGACACCCGCGGCGAAUAAUGGCACUGGAAAAGGUCCCGCCCGGAAAGCAGCAAAUCCCAACCAUAAGCGCGUGAAUGUGAAAAACGGAGCAGGUAUGCGUCGGAUGCCACCGGGGGGCAUGGGAGGUCAUUGGGGUCCACCGAUGCCGCCGAUGCCUCCCAUGUUCCCUAUGGGAGGUGGCCGUCGAAAUGGUCCGCCUCCACCACCGCCACCCCACUUUCGGAUGCCCCCCAUGGGAAUGCGAGGUAUGCGGGGCGGUCCGAUGAUGCCUCCGCCACCUCCGAAUGGCCGCUUUGGAGGACCUCCGAUGGGUCCCAUGGGAAUGAUUCCACGACCAAUGCCUCCGAUGCCACCCAUGAGAGGUCCAAUGAUGAAUCCGAUGGGACGCAUGAUGCCUCCGCCGAUGCGAGGUCCACAAAUGCGGCGCAAUCCGAACGGGAAGCUAUCUCCGGGCCGGUUGGGAAAGGGUCCUAAGGGGACCGUUCCAAGGGGACCACCCGUCAACGGGAAGGUGGUCAAAACGAUAGGUAAGAAGAUCAAACCCAAAGUACCCGCCAAGCCUAAAGAGGAAUACCCGUUGGACAAACCGUGGGUCACGGAGGAAAUCAAAGCCGAACACGACAAAAAGGUGGAACUGGCGGAACGGUUGAAGGGCAACAAGGAUGAUGCGUUGUUUGCACAGUUCAAGGAACAGCGGGAUAAAUUCGUCAAAAUGUACGAUGCGGCCCGAUUGGAGUUUAUUGGAAAGCACCCGGAACAGGACGUUGAAAAAAUCCUUACCGAAUCAGUGGCGGCGAACAAAGCCAAAGCCAAUAACGAAAGUCAAAAAUCCAAUGAUGCAGUUUCUACUGAUACCCCUGCCGCUACCAAAUCUUCUACAACUACUUCUGCUACUGCUACUGCUAGCUCUACCGAUUCCGCUGCCGGUGCUGCAAAGUCUGCGGCUUCCUCUGCCUAAUGCUAAAUCAGAUUUAUCGAUAGUGGCGCUCUCUUUCUUCUCAAGAAUCCUAAGAAAAUCAGUCCGACCGAACAAUGCAUGUUAUUCACGGACCACGGGCAGAGGAAGUACGUUCCCAGACAUACAUUAGAAUUAGAGUUUUCUUGAUGGGGAGUCUAAAGAAUGAAGCAGCCUAAUGAUGACUAAGAUUACGAUAUACGCAGUUUAGUAUUCUUGUUCUCUGUUAUCGUAAAUGAAGAAUCCGUUUUCGAUGAUUUUAACAUAGAUUAGCUAACAGUUGCUGAACGACGUUUGAUCGGUUUUAAAUCGAUUUGUUCAAAAAUACGAAAACGGAUAAUAAUCAGAUUAUAGUUUGACGAGAGCCUGAUUCUCUUUCCAUUUAAGAGCGCAAAUUUUAACAUCCCUAAAAUAAAUAUAACUUGUUCGAAAUGCAUUACUGUAGAGACUAGGACAGAUAUUUUAUCUGAUUGUAAUGAAGGAGUGAAGCAGUUAAAAUCUAAAUUAAAUAUAUCAUUUGUUAUUUAUUAAAACUUAUGCCUAUAGAAACCCCAUCAAUAGCUUCCUAAUGUUUGAGUUUCCUCUAAAAAGUUGUUUGCACAUUUCCACGUUUGAGAUUCUUAUUUUUCACUAUCCGGAGCGCUUCACUCCACUUAGCACAGUGUUGUAAACUGCAAACAUAAAAAUAUAAUGUGUAUUUUAACGAAAGAAAACAAAGAAUUAGUAAUGCAUAUGUAGUAAUCAAUAAACUUUUAAAUGUAUUUCACAUUCUGAGGAAUCAUCAUAUAACGAAGGCCACGUCAGUGGUUUUAUACCGUAUAGCGAAGCAAGUAACGAAAAUGGUAGCAUCUUUAACUGAUUCACUGAAAGUAAGCAAGUAAUAGAAGUAGUCCUUUCUGUGAAAUGAAUUCUCUGCUGAAAUUAUGGUCGUUUGAGAUAAUAAACGUAAAACACAAAGUCCAAAGCCUGUACCGGUUUUUUAAUGCCUAUACCUGCGAGAAGAUCGUUCAGUUCGCCCAAAAUAAUUAAAUCAUCAUCUAUGUGGAUCAAAGAUCGAUAAAAGUGCAAGUAUUUUCCAUAGAAUUUAUUUAUCAGAUGAAAAACAGUUCACUUGGGAAUCUUUAGUUCCGUAACGUAUCAACAGUAUCGGAGCAUUUUAGUUGAAAAUGAUUGUUGGCAUCGACAUCUGUAAUAAAUCAAACAAGAUAACACAGUUAUAAUACAGAUUUAAAUUUGCACAUGUAUCAGAUAGAUUGUAACCAAACGCAUUAUUUAGUGUAGGUUCCUUUUUGUAAUUUGUCUUAAUUACUAAAGAUUCCCUGCUCUAAUAAACAAUUUAACCCAAACAUCGCAAACAUAGUAAAAGAAGUUUUUGAUAAUAUUGUCGAAAUGCCACGAAAUAAUUGCUCCUUCAAUCAUCUAUAAAUCAAUAACUAUGUGUACCUUCAAAAACCCGUUUAAAGGCAUCCUCUGUUUUUAAUCCUCGUUACACCGCGACCACGAUCAUCGCCAUCGGAUAUGGAAUCGCAGGCAGCGGUAGUUAUCAGUAAAAACUUUCCACGCAUCAAAAGGGCGAAUUUUUGUGUCUCGAAUUCUCACGAAAAAAAAACUGAAAGCAGAAACACCCCUUUAAUGUGUAUAGAAUUAGUAUGUUAAUAUAAAAUAUAACAAGAGCAUUAUAUGAGGUAAAUGAGAACACUUUUUGAUUGGAACUGAUAUUCAUACAACCGUACCCCUAACUAUGGUCCACACACUAACCCACUGCAGCCGUUUUCCAGUUGAAAACGGUGAAGAUGUCAUUAUAGUCAUAUAAUAACAAAAUGAAACUUGCAGAGUUCUGACGCUGGACAAAUGACGGCAUACUCUAAUCGUAUGAAUAAACAAUUGAGUAAAAUUA